AUAUUUCAUUUUACUAUAUAAUAGUUUAUUACCACAGGACACUGCAACUUAAACGACUAAGGUGUUAAUUAAACAGAAUUCUGAAGGAUGAUACUUUACCAGUCUUCUGUAAAAGACCAGAGACGCUAAAGAACUUCUUUUAUUUUGUGGGUUUCAUUCCGGCCCUGUUAUACAGUACAGCCAUUUAGGCUUUUGUUUCCCAAGAGGCCCUGUGCCAAUUUUAAGAUGGUGCCACCAUGUCAGUAGUUCUUCUUCAUCAGAAAGUGCACCACACUGACUGAGAGUGAUGUAGAGGUCCUGUUCCUGAAGAGAUGCCUGCUAAAUACUCUGCCAACAACACUUUUUAUCGAAAUGUGGAUUUUUUGUUUUCUGUAACUUUUUCCCUUGGUCUCACUUGUUCUUGGACACAUGACCACUGCUGCGGGACAGACAUCCAGAUGGACAAACAAAAGGGGACUAUGGCUCUUUUGUGGAUCAGCUGAGCAAGUAGCAGUUUUGUGUAGGAGAUCCGAACGAUCUGAAGGACCAUUUUUGCCUUUGAAAACGUAUAUCAACAUGCCCCUUACCCACAAUCCCUCUUCCAAUGAAUGCAGUCUUAAUCAGAAUGCAACAAUAAAGGGCUCUGUCUCUCGCCAAGGAUCCUAAUAAUGAAAUGAACUGUAUCCAUUAGAACAAAGGGAGCUGUGGCACUCAGGGAUUUCUUUAUUUAAUUAGAACUUAAACAUAAUAUAAUGUACAUACCAUACCUAUUGGAUGAGUAGCGGAAAUCAAUACUAUUCUCCCUGCCAAACACUAUUGUUUAAAGAACGACAGAUAUUUUUUUUUUGUACAGUACUAGAACUACAGGUUUUACUGCAAAGGACAGCAGCCUACUUUGAAAAUACCUCCUGUAAGAGUCAGCUACAAAAGUGAAGUUGAUGUAUUUGUCCUCUAGGAAGUACUGCUUGGAACUCUCUAGAUAUGAUGCACAUUGCAAAUCUGGCAAACCCAAACUGUAAGAAGCAGUUACCUGCAUGACGUCUGAAAAACUUAGUGUUGCUUCCCAGCCAGCAGUUUAUAUAAUGAUAGUGAAAAUGACCUUCAACAGGUUACUCUCCUAUCCCUUCUAAUUGUAUUUACCAUACCCUGGACUGAGUAAGCUCUGUCUCAUGAACGACCCGUCAUUAUGUGAAAGAAACCAAAAGGCUAGGGGGACGUUAUAAAUAAGACAGCCAUCUGAAAUUGCAGAAAUUUGCUUUUUAAUAACAUCCUGUCUAUGUUUUCAUAAUAUCCCAUGUGGCUGACGUUUGGGCACUGGCAUGAAUCUGAAUGAUCUUUUUGUUAGCUGUCUCUGCAACUUGUUUUCUCCUGGUCAGAAGCAGCAGAAGAAGGGAGGGCAGGUGUCAAGGAGCUGAGUCUCUUUCACUCUUAGUUGUUUUUUUGUUUAGUUUUUUUCCAAGAGGCAGUCGAUUUUAAAGAAGUGCUCUCAACCAAGCAGAAGUUGUUAGUACUAAUUGACCUGUAUACUUUAGGAUUUAUACCGAAACAGAAGCUGCUCAGCUGCAGGGCAGUGAUACAGCAUAAUUAACAACCAGCCUCACAGAAGAAGUAGCUCAAGCAAAAUGGAGCCAGGGCUGUGUGUUGCGGAGCUGCUGGGACUUUUUCUCUGUGUAGGGGCUUGGGUUUGCACUCUGACCACCACUAUUUUACCCCAGUGGUUGACACUCUCCACGGAACUGCUGCAGACAGAAAGCUACCAGCUCGGUCUAUGGGAGACCUGUGUUGUUCAAGAUUUGGGUGGCAUUGAAUGCAGACCUUAUGAUAGCAUGCUCGGCCUGCCUGGGGAUAUCAGGCUGGCUCGGAUCCUCAUGUGUGUGGCAGUGGCUACUGGGCUCCUGGGUCUACUGGUGCCCAUACCUGGGCUCACCUACGUGAACUGCUGCAAUGGCCAGGGUGGUGAGCGGACAAAGAGGGUCCUGAGAGUGUUGGGAGGCGCAUUCUCUUUUCUCGCUGGCAUCAUUUGUCUGGUGCCAGUGUCCUACAUGGCUCACUUGACGGUGCUCAAGUUCUGGGAUGACACGGUUCCUGAUAUUGUUCCCAGGUGGGAGUUUGGGGAAGCCCUGUUCUGUGGAUGGACUGCUGGAUUCCUCCACAUUGUCGGAGGGAUCGUCCUUGCUUCCUCUCACUUCUGCUAUGAAGAAGAAUCGGACAGUAAAGCUCCAACAAGUCUGGAAAUGCAGGCCUUGGACAACACAUCUCAGGCCAGGAUGGAGUAUGUGUAACAGGCAAAAACUAUUUUGUAUGCCUCAAUACAAAACACAGCUCUUUCUUCUAAACGUUCACUUGCUUGUCUUAGUAAAGCCUUGUAGUGUUAUCACUAUGACAACACCUGUAUUAUUAUCAAUAAAUACUUUUAGUUAUAUUUGAUGCCAAACUGAUUAAGGGAAAUAAGUAGCUUUAUUUGGGGUUUUAGAAUUGGAAUCUGCAUGCAGCGCUGCUAUAUUUUUUACCUCGGAAACAUCACGAUUUUGUACAUUCAAUCUGGAUAAUGUGUUUAUUUAUAAUCACAACAGGAUUCCUUAUUUGUGUGCUGUUUUACAGGGAAAAUGUCAAAAUGAGACAGGGAGCGAUGCAUUCCAUAAAUAGUCUAGCAAAGCUGAAUUAUUUUAAGCAAAUGCCUACUGGGAUUAUAUUGCAAUUAUAGCACUAAUAUCAUAGGGUUGACUUUAAAGUACUAUCAAACAAAAGUGUGAUAAAGAUAAUUACAAUUACUGUGUGACAAAUUGUCAAAAAACAUCAAUAAUCUUUACCAAAGCGUUUGGUUUUUUAUCCGAUAUUACUUUAAUGUCACUAAAAAGAUAGUAGCCACAUAAUUAAAAUUGAAUUCCAAUCUUAAUUGUGAUGUUAAAUAGCAUUUAAUGAACACUUUUAACCAUAUUUAACUCAUGUUGACAAUGCAUCUGUUUUCAUCUGAUAAAAUUAGCCCUGUUUUGCACUGCUCUUCCAUUAAUAUUUGCUACUACUGAUCAGUAUUUAAGUCUAUUUUUAGGUAUAAGUAGGUUCUGGUGUGAGAGUACAUCACAGGAGCAGAUUUCACCCACCUGCUUAUUUUUUGUUGUGUACUGGUAUAUUUAUGUCAAUGUUAUAAAGUGAUCCAUGUGUUAAUAUUCUGGACAUUUUCCAGUAUAUCAAGACAUUGUCUUGUUAUGUCAUUGAAUUCAAUGCUGGUUAAUCCUUUUUUUGAAUUGGUUAAAUAUAUAUAUAUAUAUAAAGAACAGUUUAAAGACGUGCUGAAAAAAAGCUGUAUAAUUUUCCAGUAUAUUUUUGGAAAUGUCUAGUGGCUAAGACUCACUCACUUAUAUAAUUAACAUUGUUGACAGACAGUGGCUUGCUUGGAAAAGUACUUUUUUUUUUUUUUUUUUUUUUUAAUUCAAGGUGAUGCAGAUCUAGUCUGUUGGAAAAAGUUUGAAAAAAUCCAUACUGACAUCCCUGUUGGUUGCUGAGCUAAGCUGUGUUUAAUGAAUGUUUUAAUGAAAAGAAUGUUCAGGAGAACGGGGUGCUGCUUGUGCUCUCUUAUAGUUACGUAAGGAUCAAGGAGUGAAAAAUAUUUCUAGUGCUUCCAAAAAUGAUUUGGUUGUUAAGGUCAUGUUGAUCUGAAGGCUCUGAUCUACAUUUUUCUUUUUCCUCAAAUCUUUUAAAGACUGUGCUUUGCGCUUUGUCAUAUUCUAUGCCCAUGCUGUAUUCUGAAAGAUUCUUUUGUUGUCCCAUACAAUGACAGCAUUAUUUCAUUAUAUGCUAAUCUUUCAAUCGUAUUAGUUACUGUGGGAGGUGGCCUCCCAGAGCUGUUUGUGUAUAUGUCACUAUAUAUUGAACUGAACAAUCUAUUAUCUCACAUUACAAUAUACAGUAUAUGUGAUGAAAUAUACAAUAUACAGCAUAUGUGUUCAAAGGUCCAAUUCGGACUAUAAAUACCAAUGUAAGUUGAGAAUAUUGCAUUAAAGUUAAUACAAAAUACCACUUUUGUUCCCUGUUUGGCAUAUUUAUGUAUCAUAUUCUCCAGUGUAACAAUUUAAGUGAUGUCUUCUUUGCAUUCAAUUUAAAAACGGUUUUGUUUUUUUUAGCUGGUCUGUAAUGAUAACUUGUAUAUUACCCAUGUUCUGUAUAUUUUUAAUGAAAGGCAGUCACUAUUAUAUUUAGUUUAGACAUAAGCCUAGAGCCUGGU